ACCAUGCAGUAGCAUGCACUUCCGGUUUUCGAUCGCGCAUUGCGCAAUCGAAGUUAGUGUCUGAAGCAACGCAACAAUAUCAAUCAUGCCAAUGAAAGGAAAAUUUCCUCUUCGGAGGACAAUUCGAUACCUAGAGCAGGGGAAAAUAUAUCUUCGAGAUUCUGUUAAGAUUUUGACAAUCAACUAUAAUUCUUUUGGGAAAGAGAGUGAUGGAGCAAGGGACUUUGUAUUUUACCACCUACCUCAGCUGCAAUACAAGAAUCCAAAUGUACAGAUGCAAACCUUCAAGAACAUCACACCAUCUCCAUUUAUCAGAUGUUUUCUAAAUGAAGGUGAAGAGGUGCUGAUUGAUAUUGAGGAUAAGACCAAAGAUGAUAUUGAAGAACAUCUAAAUAAAGUUCUUGGAAAAUCAGAGAGAGUGUUAGCCACUGAAAGGAAAGCCAUGGAGCGUUCAUCAAACCCAGCAAACUUUGGUCGUACCUUUGCUCGAUGGUGUAUCUGUGAGGUCCCUGGUCAGUUCCCAUGCCCAAAGCUAAAGCCUAUGCCCAAUGAGAUGAAAGGAAAAUAUCGUGAUUUAAAGGAGGACAGUUUACGUGCGCCAGAGGCACUAGUGCAUAGAGCAGACUCACCCACAGAAACAGCAGUAUAACAGUCAAUUUUACUUCCAAGAGACUUUUUUAUUUACAGUAUUAUCUCCGGAUAAGUAUUCUCUGUAACUUUUUACCAUUGAUUCAUGAAAAUUAUGAUUAUCACAUAAUUUUGUAACCCUGUAGCAAAUCAUUCAUUCAUCAAUAAUCCAAACCUUGUGUGAAAGUUGAUGCCUUAGCCAUUCCAUGAGAUGCACCCAUUAUCACCAUGCAGUAUAAUGCAACUGUACCAGGUUUUGGAAACAUCUAGAGGCCUGUGGUUUGAAAAACUCUGAAGACAUUUCAUUGGAUGCUUAGGAAGGCAAUCUGUAUGGUACGCAGCUGGAUGCCCAAAGUUUGGAUAAUCAAAAUAUUUUGCAAAGAUGGACUUUAGUUGUAAAUUCCUAAUUUGAAAGCAGUCAUAGCCAUAUCUAGAUACCACUAAUGCUGAUCCAAAAGAUUAGCAAAAUGAUCUAAUCAUUUGAAUCUGAGUAAGUAAUCAAAGAUAACAACUUCACAUGGAUACAAGUUAAGAGAGUCUGAAAAUCAACUUUACUGAAUUGUAAUGAGCAUUGAUAGCCAAACCAGUUCAGACUUUAACUAGUAUCCAAUUUCUUUUUCUGUACCCUAAAAAUAAAUGGCUGAUCUAUUAUCUAUGGUACCAAGGUAUUUCAGUAAUGCAACCUUUGUAAAUAUAUUGUAAGCAUAUAUAUGAUAGAUCAGUCUAUGAGCUUUUAAUUAAAAGUGAUGAGAAA